ACCAUGCUGCCCUGGAGGAUGGUCAUUGUUGGUCUUUUCUACUGCUACAUCCAAGCAGGUGUCACACAAUGUCGGACCAAAGCCCUGUUUCCAGCUUCAAGUAGAAUAAAAAGAGGGGUGGCAACUGUGGUGAACCCCACUUUCCACAACUCCUUCGAUGAUGUCGAUCUACUGUUUGAGAUCCUACUGACUGGCAUACACUUUGAGGCCAGUGGAGAAUUUUCAGUGAAAGAUGCUGAGCUGGCUUCCCUUCGCAAGACACGGAACCUGGAGGUCAUCUGUGAGGAGAUCAUUCCCAGGAAGCCAAGAGACAUUUUUAGCCUCAUCUCUGGACUUUCAUAUCAUACUGGUCACCUGCAUCAGGAUGAUUUUGAGCGCACUUUGCUAACCUUGGCAUACAUUGCCCAGCAGAUGGUCAAUGCCACUGCCGAACAACAACGAGACGUUUGGGCAGAGUCUUUUGUCAGCUUGUACAAAGUCAUCAAAAGGGAUCUGACAGGGACAAACUGAACAGACACAGGUACUGCUACACAGUGGCUCCAUGUUGAAGUUAAAUAGUUUAAUAUGCAUAUAGGAAAAAAUCUCUUUUUUUGGAAAAAAUAUCCAUUGAGAUCAGUGGUUAGUCCUGGUUUGUGCACUGAAGAAACAGCAUCUCCUGUAUGAUGACGGCUAUA